AUGGGCUCCAAGAAGGAAGGAAGCUUUGCGGGAUGGCUCCAGAGAGUCCGCAAGACGGGCGAGCACAGCGAUCUCACUGUCAAGAUCCAAGACCAGGAAUUCAAGCUCCAUAUGCUCCCGCUUGUCAACGAAUCCACUUACUUCCAAUCCAUCAACUCCGCCACCUCCAAUUCCAAUCCGGAUUCUUCCACCACCGCCACCACCUCCAGCUCCAGCUCUUCCGGCGGAGAGGCAUCCACCGCCAAGCUCGAUCCUCAAGAUAAAAGAAAACACCACCGCCACCAUCGCCACCACCACCACCACCAACAGAUCAAAGAGGUGGCCAUCGACGAGCUCCCUGGCGGCGGCGCCGCCUUCUCCAUCGCCGCCGACUUCUGCUACAUCAUCCGGCCCAGCUUCACCACCGCCAACGUUGCCGCCGUGCGCGCCGCCGCCGAGUUCCUGGGCAUGGCCGAUCUCAUCGACAGCACCAAGAAGUUCCUCUACUCCAACGUCUUCUUGAGCUGGAAGUCGUGCGUCACCUUUCUCCGCGAGUACCAACCGAUCUAUUCCUCCACCGACGAGUAUAUCGAAUCGCGAGCUCUCAAGGUGGUGACCGCGGCAUGCACGAAGGCGUUCCUCGACACCAAGCACGUCUCAGUGCCGAUCUCCUCGCUCGCCAUCGCCGCCAGCGCCAGCGCCUCCACCACCUGGCACAGCUCCCCCAGCGCCAACCUCAAGGACGUUUUGAUCGCGGUGGCGCAGCUCCCCGAUCGCUACUCCAUGCAGCUCCUCGAUCAGCUCGUCGCCUCGGAUACCAACUUGAACAUCAAGUGCCGCCAGUCGAGGAGCGUCCGGGAGUGGAUCGACUAUCUCCUCCGGAGCGAGUGCAAGCGGAUCAAGCCCCGGAUCUGGAUCGUGCUAUGCCUGGCCAGGAUGCUGCUCAAGAACGCUCCCAGGAAGCGGCCAUGGCUGGAGCUCUCGUCGCAGUAUUGGUGUAGCUUGCUGGAGCACGCGGCGGGAUUGAUGGCGCAGACGGACGAUCCGGCGGCGAGGGCGAGCUUGGCGGCGGUGAAGGCGUCGCUCCAGCGGCGGAUUGGAGCGAGCUUGCACGAGCUCGACGAUUACAUCCAGGCGUACAGCUUCGAGCCGGAGACACUGCUGGCGCUGGUGAGGCACUUCAUGGCCGGGAGGAGGAGGAGGAGGAGAGGUAGAAUUAGCUCGUCGAGCCAUGCAGCGCUGGAGGACGAGGAGAUGGAGGACCUGGACGACAAUCCGGAGGAGGAGGAAGAGGUUGAUCGUGAAGAAGUUGAUGUGGAGCAAGGGGAGGGCGAGAUCGAGGCGGUGGCGAGCGAGGUUGACGGGUGCUUGUGGGGAUACGCCGAGAGCGGCGUGAUCUCGUGCGAGACUUUUGUGGCGCUGGAGCGGGCAUUUCCUCCGGGAUCGCGCGGGAACCACGACAUGCUCUACUCGGCGGUGGAGAAGAUGAUCGCCAAGAACAGGCUCGGUGGCGACGAGAUCCACAAGCUGUGGAGCUUCGUGGAUUGCUCCAAGCUCAGCUCGGGUGUGUAUGACAAGGCGAUGAGGAACGCCUCGUAUCUCUGCCAGCCCCAUGUCCUCGAGUGUGUGCUGCGAAGGCACAGCGAGGAGCUCGAUGGCGAUCACGGCGGCCACCAUGCUUCGUCCAUCGACUUUCGGGAUGUCAUGCACAAGGUGAUCAAGGCGAGCCUGAAGCUGCUCGAGGAGAACUCGCGGAGGUCGAAAGAGAUCAAGGAGCUGCAAAAGCAGUACGCGGGGCUCGUGAGCUCCGGGUUCAAGGUUUAUCCGGCUGGGGAGGACGAUGGUGGUGAUGGUGGCCAUCGCCGGGGCGAGGAUGAUAGUGUUGACGAUAGUAACAGCACUGGGGAUGAUGAUAACUACGUUGUUAUUCCUCCGGUUCCACCUCGCAGUGAGAUCACAGAGAUCAAAGCUGAGAGAACUUAG